GAAUCGCCGCCUCGCAUGAAGCCAAUCGGAAACCCGGGCCGGAACGUCAAUGCUUGUUUUUACGAAAUCGAUUGGUGACUUCGUUCCAAGGUAACCCGUCAUGGUAGACGAAUACCUGAACAACCACCCUGAUUGUAUUCCUAUUCAAACGUUCAAGCUUCAAGCUCAGAGCAGCACUGAUCUCACCCGGACGACUGUCCUCGUUUCUUCCAACUCUCUCAUCUUCAGUUCGCCGUCCGAUUCGGAGUCCUUCACACAAGUUCUGGCUGUCGGUAAAGACGCCGUACUCAGUCCCCUCUACGCUCGCGUCGAUAGGCGCGUUGCUGCCGCACUGGAGCGUUGUCUAAGCCUGCGAAUUGGAAACCACAAGACUUCCACCCGGUUGGGAAGCACCUUUCCGGCGGGACUGCAUUUGAUUUUUGCUGCUUUAUUGGUGCUACUGUACGAAGUGAAGUAUCUGUAGGACAAAUAAAAAGCGCAGAUGACACGAUUUGUUCUAAAACUGUCUAGUCCCUCUUCCAAGCCCGUUUGCGAAAAUGACGCUUGAAGGACUAAAGACGGCCAUUUCGCGUAAUACCGUCUCCCCGACAUCACCUUUGAACAACAGGAUAUGUCGGAGGAAAUUCUUCGCCGCCUCCGC